GGGAAAAAAAAUAAAGGAAAGGAAGAGAGGGGAAGAGUUAAAGCAAAGCGAGGAGAAGAAGGCAGCAGUAAGUAGAGGAAGAGGCGUCCCAAUCCCACGGUGCCUCGACCUCGACCGCCUCCCGGGCUCCCACGCCCACCCAUCCAUCCCCCACCACCGGCUCCUCGCUGCUGCUGCUGCGCUCCUCGGCGGAGCCCUAGGUGGAGCUGCGGAUCCCGAGAUCCCCGGCGGCGCCGCCCCGGAGCUCGCCGGUGGCGGCGGGCGCGUCCCCCUCAUGCCUUUGGCGCCCCGGUCGGAGCCGAUCGGUGGCCGCCUGAGGAGACACAGCAGCUCGGCGGGCGCCGCCGGAGAGGCGGCGGGAGCGGACGCGGAGGAGGGCGAGGGGGAGGAGGAAGGGGAGGAUGGCGCUCUUCCGCAAGUUCUUCCUCAAGAAGACCCCGGAUCGGCUGCUCGAGAUCUCUGAGCGCGUCUACGUGUUUGACUGUUGCUUCUCAACUGAUUCCAUGGGUGAAGAUGAGUACCGGGAUUACUUGAGUGGCAUUGUUGCGCAGUUGCAGGAAUUUUUUCCAGAUGCAUCAUUUAUGGUAUCCAAUUUCUGGUCUGGGGACAAAAGAAGCCGGAUUUCAGAUAUAUUAUCUGAGUAUGACAUGACAGUAAUGGACUACCCACAACAGUAUGAAGGAUGUCCAUUGCUUCAGCUUGAGAUGAUCCAUCAUUUCUUGAAAUCGUGUGAAAAUUGGCUAUCAGUGGAAGGACAGCAUAACAUGCUUUUGAUGCAUUGUGAGAGAGGGGGCUGGCCAGUGCUUGCAUUCAUGUUGGCUGGACUGCUUUUGUAUCGCAAAACAUACACUGGUGAGCAGAAGACACUAGAUAUGGUCUACAAGCAGGCUCGAAGGGACUUUAUACAACAGUUCUUUCCCUUGAAUCCUCAGCCUUCACAUUUGAGAUAUUUGCACUAUAUAACAAGACAAGGAGGUGGUUCUGAAUGGCCUCCUAUUAGCAGACCCCUCAUCUUGGAUUCGGUAGUUCUCCAUGUUGUUCCACGGUUUGAUGCAGAUGGUGGUUGUAGGCCAUAUUUGCGUGUACAUGGGCAAGACUCAAGUCCUGGUAACAAGAGUGCAAAGGUCCUUUACGAGAUGCCAAAAACAAAGAAGCAUCUUCAGCGUUAUGGACAGGCAGAAGUCCCUAUAAAAUUAAGUGCGUUCUGCCGUGUUCAUGGAGAUGUGGUACUUGAAUUCAUCCAUAUUGGCGAUAAUAUGGAGCACAAGGAAACAAUGUUCCAGAUCAUGUUCAACACUGCAUUCGUUCAAUCAAACAUCCUUGGACUGAAUCGUGAUGAUAUUGAUGUUGCUUGGAAUGUGAAUAAUCAGUUCCCAAGGGACUUCCGAGCUGAGGUACACUUUUCGGACCCUGAUUCAUUCAAGCCUGCUGCUACUGUUGAGGAGGUAGCUGAUGAUGGCGAUGAGACCGAUGUUGCUUCAGUAGGAGAGGAGUUCUAUGAAGCAGAGGAGGAUUGGCAUGAUGCUAGAAAAGACCCAGAAACUCAGUCAACUGAUAGUGGAAUAUCAUUAGAUGGCAGUGCAGAAUUUGAUGGUGGGGCGGCAACUGAAGAAAUGAGCAGCCUAGAGAAGCAACAAUUUGAUGAGGGUGUGAAGAUUGUUGUCUCUCAGAAUUUAGGUAGCAUGAAUGAGAGAAGGGCAAGUGCACCUAUCUCAAGUUUUGAGAACCAAGAAGGUUUGCAGCAGCCCCGUGAAGUUCUUGCAGAUGCUAAACUAAGCAACACUAAUUGCCAAGAGAACAACGAUGUGCAUGAUAUACAGGUGGUUGCUACAUCUGUUGAUUCAGAGGGACACAAGUCUGGAUCUACCUGUCAGGAGGACACAAAAGGUGUAAUUGCACAAACUUUAGUCACGUCAGUUGAUCCAAGUGUCAGUGAUGAAAUUCAAUGCCAGGCUGAUGAACAAACAAAAAUCUCAGAAUACCCGGAUUUGGACUACAGUGCUUUUGGGUCUCCUAGAAGUUUGUCACGUACAGAUGGGGAUACCCACUUGAGAACUACGAAAAAUGAAGGGUUGCAAAACGGUGAUAUCAAGAUUAUCACUGAGAACACAAUAAGUAUGGACAACGAGCUAGUGAUCUAUGAAGAGAAAACUAUAGUUGUCAAUGGUAAUACUGUACAGGAAGUAAAAAACGUUGUCAAUGAAAAGAGCAUUGCGGCUAAGAUAGACAAACCAAUUAUUGAGAAUAGGAACUCACUGGGCAAAAACAAUGGCAAGAUUCAAACCGCUAAACCUUCUGAUACAACCAAUGGCAAAUUGGAUGGGUGUAGAUUAGAAUCUUGCCUUGAGGAAACCAUACCUACAAAGAAAACCUCAGUCCAUGACAGAAUUGUUGUCUUGCCAGCAACUGAGAUAAAAGCCAAGCAAGAGGGGCUUGGCGACAAACAGGAUUUUGGUAUAGCUCUUCCUCAAAGUCGAACAGUAGCUAGGGCAAGGAGUCCGAGGCUUGAAAGUGACGAUCGAGGGCAAAUCCCUGAUAAAGCUGUGUCAUCAGUAUUGAAGAAGAUGGCAAUAGGCAAUGUAAAGACGGAAGAGCAACCAAAGCUUGGCAAACCAAAAACUAUACGCAGAUGGAUCUCACCACAAAGGGAAUCUGAUGCUACCUCUGUUCAUAGGCCAUCUCACCCUCCAUCUAGAUACUACAGUUCACCAGCUGCACUGGCUAUUCGAUCCAUAUCUACAGAUGGUAAAAUCAGUGUUGUGAAUGAUGCACCUUUAUUAUCACUGAAACAACCAUAUGGCAGCAACUUGACACGAGAAACAACAUCUGCACCGUCUGCUCCGUCGCCUCGACAACAAUCCUUGUUACCAGGUGCACAAAUUGCAUCAAGAAGCCAGGUUUCUCCACCUCCUCCACCUCCAACCAACUAUUCUUCAAGUUCUACUGGCCAAGGAGCACCCUCACCUCCACCUGGAGGUGCCUCUCCACCUAGGUCGUCAGGAGCACAGAAACAGGCCUUUGCCCCUCCCCCUCCCCCUCCUCCCCCACCUCCACCCCCGAGGUCAGGUGUAGGUGGAAAUACUCCACCUCCACCUCCACCACCUCCUCCAAGGAUAACUGGUAGUGGCAUUACCAUACCUCCACCCCCACCCCCACCUCCACCUCCACCUCCACCUCCAAGGCUAAAUAGCAAUGCAAUUGCUCCACCGCCACCACCUCCACCGCCACCAUUCACCAUGACACGAUCAAGUGCUCCUCCGCCACCGCCGCCGCCGCCACCACCACCACCACCACCACCACCAAUGUCACAUUCUGCUCCUUCACCACCUCCACCUCCACCGCCGCCACCACCACCACCACCUCCUCCUAUGGCACGUUCAGCAGCACCACCUCCCCCUCCCCCUCCUCCUGGCCGAGGAGCACCCUCACCCCCGCCCCCUCCCCCCCCUGGCCGAGGAGCACCCCCACCCCCACCUCCUCCUCCUGGCCGAGGAGCACCCCCACCCCCACCUCCUCCCCCUGGCCGAGGAGCACCCCCACCCCCACCUCCUCCCCCGAGCCGAGGAGCACCCCCACCCCCACCUCCUGUUUCACGUGCAGGUCCACCACCACCUCCGCCCCCUCCAGGUGCUCGCUCUGGACCUCCACCUCCUCCACCCCCUCCAGGUGCAAGUGCUCCACCUCCACCUCCUCCUCCAGGCGCACGGCCAGGAGCUCCACCACCACCUCCUCCUCCAGGUUCACGGCCAGGAGCUCCACCACCACCGCCUCCUCCAGGAGCGCGACCAGGAGCUCCACCUCCCCCACCCCCGCCUGGAGGUGGUGGAAGAGGACCUCCACCACCUCCUGCACCUGGAGGACGUCUUGGUGGCCCUCCUCCACCUCCACCACCUGGUGGACGUGCACCAGGUGCGCCAGCUCCACCUAGAGCACCAGGUGUACCGCCACCACCAGGAAGUAAUCCAUCCUUAGGCAGAGGACGUGGGGCUGUACGCCCUCUGGGAUCAGCUUAUGGGGCUGCUGCCUCACGCAAGUCAACGUUGAAGCCAUUGCACUGGGUCAAAGUGACAAGGGCCCUUCAAGGUAGUCUGUGGGAAGAAUUGCAGCGCAACGAUGACUCGCAGAGUGUUUCAGAGUUCGAUAUAUCAGAACUUGAGAGCCUUUUUCCUGCAGCUGUUCCAAAGUCUGACGACAGCUCAAAAUCUGAACGUAGAAAAUCGCUUGGAUCAAAACCAGAAAAAGUGCACCUAAUUGAGUUGAGGAGGGCAAACAACACAGAGAUCAUGCUGACAAAAGUUAAGAUGCCACUCUCGGAUUUGGUGAGUGCAGCUCUUGCCUUGGAUCAAUCCACCUUGGAUGUUGAUCAAGUGGAGAAUCUCAUAAAGUUCUGUCCUACGAAAGAAGAAAUGGAACUUCUCAAGAAUUACACAGGAGACAAACAAAAUCUUGGGAAAUGUGAACAGUUCUUCCUAGAAUUGAUGAAAGUGCCUAGAAUGGAGUCGAAACUGCGGGUAUUUUCUUUCAAAAUUCAGUUUGGUUCACAAGUAGCUGAUCUUAGAAGAAGUUUAAAUAUUAUAGACUCUUCUUGUAAUGAGAUCCGAACUUCUCUCAAGUUGAAAGAAAUAAUGAAGAAAAUCCUUCUCCUUGGGAAUACUCUGAAUCAGGGAACUGCUAGAGGUGCUGCGGUUGGCUUCCGGUUGGACAGUCUUCUAAAACUUACAGAUACCCGGGCAACAAAUAAUAAGAUGACACUAAUGCACUACCUCUGUAAGGUACUUGCUGCACGAUCUCCACAGCUUUUAAACUUCUAUGUGGAUCUUGUUAGCUUAGAUGCUGCAUCAAAGAUACAACUAAAAAUGUUGGCUGAGGAAAUGCAAGCAGUUAGUAAAGGGCUGGAAAAAGUUCAGCUUGAGUAUGAUGCUUCAGAAAGGGAUGGUCCAGUAUCCGAAAUUUUUCGUGAGAAACUGAAAGAGUUCACCGACAAUGCUGGAGCUGAUGUGCAGUUGUUAUCUUCAUUGUUUUCUGAAGUGGGUAAAAAGGCCGACGCACUGAUUAAGUAUUUUGGUGAGGAUCCUGUUCGUUGCCCCUUUGAACAAGUAAUCUCUACCCUCUUAACAUUUGUAACAACAUUUCGAAAAGCACAUGAGGAGAACCUGAAGCAAGCUGAGCUUGAGAAGAAAAGGGCUGAAAAAGAGGCAGAAGCAGAGAAGGCCAAAAACACACAAUUGACUAGCAAAAAUGUAUUGUCCUUAGUAUAUUUUGCAGUUUUGGUAAACUUCAUAAGCUCAUUAUAUUUAUGUUUUUUAAAAUACUGUUCGCAGGACUCUAAACCAUCAAAUCCAAGCCGGCAAGCUAAACAAACAUUAGAGAGGACAAGAUCUGCAAGCAGACGAGGAAGAGACGUUGGGUGAUAUCCCGAAUGGCCAGCUAUUGUGCUGUGCUUCUGACCUGCUCGUGAGGCAAAUGGAUGACCGUUAGAUGCAUUUCUGGGCAAGGGAAGUUUCGUGGAUGGACGUGCAUCCGUCGGGUGCAGCGCUAUCGCAUCAAAGAAACUUUACAGGACACCCUCUGCGGUCUCACUGGAGAAUGCCGACUUCUUUUUUUAAACAUGUCGGCCAUCAGGGUCCAGUGCUAACUUCUGACUGCUGUAAAGAGUUGCUAACACUGAUGCUAACUCCAUUCUUUCUUUUGUUUUUUCAUGGUACAUUUCCAUUCUUUCUAACAACGGUGGCCAAGUACAGCCAUGGCUUUGAGAAAAGACAGCCCGCUCCUUAGGUGGAAAAUUGUAAAGAUUAGGUAUUAGGGUAAAAGGGUAUGGAGAUAAUCUAGGGGGCAAAGAGUUUCAGGAGUAAAUAUGAGAUGUAAACUCAGCCCGUAGUUUAGCUGUAAGUUUUGUAGUGAGUGUAUCACCACUUUCUAUGAUCAUGAUGCAGUGAACGCGUCGUUUUCUUUACGAUCCGUUGUCUCUUGUCUGCUGUGUGUCGCCUGUGUACGUGAGACGUGUGCUGUCAAUUGUUAUUAUGCUUCAACCUUAAUGAGUGUGUUUGGUUC